UUUUUACAAAAGUUUUACAUCUUAGCCCGCUCGUAUAUUUAUCAGUUGAUUUUAGGGUGAAAAUAUUCAAAUUGGAAACAUUAUUACUAUUUGUGUGUGCCUCGUAUGAGUCAGUGUUUUGAAUACCGUCACCAAAAAAGGUGACUGGAAGAUCAGUUAGGAGAUUAUGGCAAAGAAUGAUGGCCACAAUGGCAAUGACAACAAACGAAUUGACAAAAAGAAAUUGGAAGAAGAUAUUUUAAACCUGGAACAUGUUAUAAACCUCACAAAAGAUUCCAUCACUCGUCUUAACCAAGAGUUUGGUGGAAAGAGUCAUCCUCCAUCUAUAUACCUCCAGGAAUAUCGAGAACUGACAGAUCGACUUGAUGAUCAUCAAAAACGUCUUGAAAACCUUUAUGAUGUAAGGGAGCAGGAACAAUCAAAUUCAAACAACGAUACUGAGGUCCAACCAUCAUAUUCACCACAGUCGAACCAGUACCCACAUACAGGUACCUCCUAUGGUCGGCAUGUAUGUCAGUCUCAUGAUCAACAUUUCUUUCCUACACCCCUUGCCCAGCAGACCAAUGGCCAGAAAACCCAUUCUUCAAGGCUUCUUAGUGCAGGAGGAAGUGCUUCUUCAGACUCCCCACACUCACCUAUUCAGCAGAACACCACCGCGUCAAAACCUGGAUCAGAAAAGGCCAUCGGCGUAAUUCGAAUCUAUCUACCAAAUGGAAAAACCACGGUUGGUGCAAUUCCUGGCAAACGUUUAAAAGAAGUACUUCUAAAAUCAGCACGACUGAAAAGCCUUCGGGAUAAACUGGAUCAGUGCAGUGUGUACCGGUUUGGAACUGAUGAUCACGUGGACUGGAACAGUGAUUCGGGAAUUCUUGCCGGUGUGCAACUCGAACUUCGAACUGAGGACAAGUCUUUUACAAAGUCAACACGCAUACUAAAGGCAAACCAUAACUUUGCGCGAAAAACAUUCUUUUCACUCUCCUAUUGCGACUGGUGCAGGAAGAUCCUAUUUCAGGGCGUCACGUGCAAGAUGUGCGGGUUCAAGCUGCACCAGAAGUGCAUCAACGAAGUGCCCGAUUACUGCAUUACACAAAUACAGAUACUGGAAUUAGAGAAGAAAAUCCGUCCCCAAACCCCGUCUCCCGACUCGCCCAACACCCCUACAGACACUUGGCCAGUUCCCGGGCAGAGUGGUGAUUUCCCUCUUUACCGACCACGGUCCACAUCGCAGCCAAGUCUUUUCAUAAACAGUACCGCCCCGCUAGGACAAAACUCAAGGCAGCCGGAAUACAACAAUUAUCCGCCCGCCCACGGUGAGCACGAUGGUGAUACCGAACCCUACCGUCAUGAAUUGAGUCUUCCUCCGUCCCCCUUCCAUAUGAAGGAGCCUUGUGUGGCGGCAGGUAUCAUGGUGCAUGCGGGCUCUCUUGAGCUACUCAACCGAGCAGUUGUGAGCGUGGACGCCAAACGUUCCUCUCGGAAAGUCGAAGGCUUCCCGCAAGGAGUCGGCUUGGCGCAGAAUGCCGCUGUGGCGAGUCUUCCCGCACCAGUUGUCGUGCACAGGGACCCAAGUCACAGACGAAGUCACUCCCCUCGGCGGGAUUCGAACGAAGACUGGGAGGUUCCUGAAGAAGAAAUCGAAUGGGGGGAUAAGAUCGGGUCCGGGUCGUACGGAAUCGUGUACAGAUGUCGUUGGCAUGGGAUCGUCGCAGUGAAGGUCCUUAAUGUAUCAAACCCCACACCUUCUCAACUACAGGAGUUUAAAAACGAAGUCGCAGUUCUAAGGAAAACCCGGCACGUGAACAUCCUCCUAUUCAUGGGUUAUACAAUUAAGAAUCAACUAUGUAUAGUGACGCAGUGGUGCGACGGCUCAAGUCUUUAUCGCCACCUGCAUAUGAUCGACACUAAGUUCGACAUGCUGCAGACCAUCAACAUCGCUCGACAGACCGCACAGGGCAUGGAAUAUCUCCACGCCAAGAACAUCAUACACAGAGACAUGAAGUCUAACAAUAUUUUUCUUCUCGAAGACUACACGGUUAAAAUCGGCGACUUCGGUCUGGCCACUGUCAAGUCAAGGUGGUCAGGUUCGGAGCAACUAAUGCAACCAACGGGUUCUAUUUUAUGGAUGGCGCCAGAGGUGAUCCGUAUGAUAGAUGGGAAUCCUUACACGUUCCAAUCAGAUGUCUACGCAUUUGGCGUCGUGCUGUACGAGAUGACGUCUAACACACUCCCAUACAGUCACAUUGGCAACAGAGACAUGAUCCUCUUCCAGGUAGGAAGAGGAUAUCUCAGUCCAGAUCUUGAUCUCAUCCGGAGCGACACUCCUCGAUCCUGUCGGAAGCUCAUCGUGGAUUGCAUCAAGAAGAACAGAGAGGAUCGACCUUUGUUUCCUCAGAUUUGGGGAGAUCUCGACAAGAUUUACAAAGCGCUCCCAAGAAUAUGCAGAAGUCAGUCCGACCCUUGCUCCAUAAACCGCGCCGGUUCCUCGUCAAGUGAAGACUUUUUUCGAUUAAUUUUACCGAAGUCAACAAGGACCCAAAAUUCGACUACCCUUGUCAGUCCUUAAUUGGACACACGCGGUCGCUUAACAGAUUUCACGGUCGAGUUUAGGUAAUUAAAUGCAUCAAGUGAGCAGUGUGAUAUGCAUUUGUUUUAGCUCCAUUCUUUUUAAUAUGCCCCUGCGUGUUUGUCAAAAUAUCAAGGUAUGCCUCCAGCACAAGCAGCGGUUGCGGGGCCCAACACACGUACAUGAAUCAAGCGUUACCUAGACAGCGCGAUUCCGCAGAGGGCGUUUGUAACCUGUUUCAUAACCUUUCCAGUUUCGUGCGAAACUUUGCUUGGCUAACUUGUAAUCCCGCUUUUUAACGCUAGGAAAAUACGAGGCGAGCACUGACGGAGAUAACUUGUUGGCACUUACUUUUUCCAGCUACGUUUAUACUUGAUGUAUCGCAAUUUAGGUUUCCAUUCUAUGCUUUGUAGAUCAUACCUUUGUUCCUUACUGACCUCGCCUUCUUUGGGCGUGGUGUAUCCUCACUAACGGUGAUCUUGCUAAACCGAGAAGUAAGCCAACUGGUCCACGCUUUGCACUAAACAGCCAAUACACCAUUAAGAAUUCUGACCCAGUUGCUAAUUGCGCGAAUGUUUCAAAGCAGAAAUAUAGUAACCGUAUAUCGUAUUUCGUUUUUCCGCCUGAAUUUAUUUGCGAUGAUUUUAAUCGAAGAUGCAACUAUAAAACAUACAUCAAGAAUUUCUAUUAUUGCUGUAAUUUGUUAAGAAUGAAAUAAAUCGUUUACGGGACACUAAAA